AUGGGUGGGAAAUUCAAAGCCCUUCCUGCAGGGUUAUUGGUAUUGGCAGGAACGAUAACGAUAAUGAUGGUAACAACGGCAAGGGCUGCUUCACCGGACUAUGCUGACGCUUUGUCAAAGUGCAUACUGUUCUUUGAAGGCCAGAGGUCAGGGAAGUUACCCUCUACCCAACGGAUUACUUGGAGGAAGGAUUCCGCUCUUCGUGAUGGCUCUGACAUUGGUAUGGACUUGGUCGGUGGUUACUACGAUGCCGGUGACAAUGUAAAGUUUCACUUUCCUAUGGCAUUCACAGUAACGACUCUGGCCUGGAGUGUGAUAGAAUUUGGCGAAUCAAUGGGCCCGGAGCUACAACAUGCAUUGGAGGCCGUUCGAUGGGGAAGUGACUACUUGCUUAAAGCCACCAGCGUCUAUGACGUUGUGAUUGGCCAAGUUGCUGACCCCAUUGCCGAUCACAGUUGUUGGGAGAGGCCUGAAGACAUGGACACUCCCAGAACCUCUUAUGCCAUUAAUCAAACAAAUCCAGGUUCAGAAGUUUCUGCUGAGAUUGCAGCCGCACUUGCAGCCUCUGCAAUAGCGUUCAAGGAUUCUGAUGAUGAAUAUUCUGCAGCCCUUCUUGAAAGGGCUAAACAGGUCUUUGACUUUGCAGAUAAGUAUCAGGGGUCUUACAAUUCUAGUAUUGGGCAGGCGGCUUGCCCAUUUUACUGUGAUUUUAGCGGCUACGUGGAUGAAUUGCUGUGGGGAGCAGCAUGGCUAUACAAGGCAACAAACGAGGAUGGUUACUACUGGAAUUAUCUAAGAGAGAACAUAAACAGUUUGGAACCCAUUGUUGUAAGAAAUAUAAAUGGUAACACAUUUGUUGGUGCUAGCUUUGCUGAAUUUGGAUGGGAUGCGAAGCAUGCUGGCAUUAACGUUCUUGCUUCCAAGUGGAUGAUGAAUGACUCCUCUAAUGCUGCUGGUCCUUAUAUUCUCAACGCGGACAAGUUUGUAUGCUCUAUAUUACCCGAAUCACCUACCAAAUCAGUCAGUUACUCUCCAGGUGGGCUUCUAUUCAAACCCGGAGGAAGUAACUUGCAACAUGCAACAGCUUGCUCUUUCCUCCUCAUUGUAUACGCCAAGUAUAUGGAAGUUGCCAAUAAAGUAGUUCAAUGUGAUAGUUUUGUUGCUACCCCAAGUAGGCUGAUCGAUGUCGCCAGAGGCCAGGUAGACUAUAUACUAGGAAACAACCCAUUGGGCAUGUCUUACAUGGUGGGAUUUGGCGAAAAGUUUCCCCGGAAGAUACAUCACCGUGGAGCUACGUUGCCUUCGAUUGAGGCUCAUCCACAGAAGCUAGGGUGCCGUGGCGGAGACCAAUACUUUGAAAGCGACAAGCCUGACAUAAACCAGUUAACUGGUGCUGUUGUUGGGGGACCUGCUGAGGACGAUUCCUUCCAAGAUUCUCGAUAUGAUGUUCCCCAGUCGGAGCCAACCACAUACAUAAAUUCACCUUUCGUCGGCCUCUUGGCUUACUUCAAUGCAACUAAUUUUUCUAAAUAG